AUGCUUCAAAAUCUCGCGGUGCUCGCCCUUCUGGGUCUUGAGGCUUCUGCAAGCUACAGUGGAAACCUGAACUACCGCAGUCCAUCCUCAGAGCACCCGUCGUUGGGUAUUGACGUUGGCAAGGUGACCAAGCGGCACCUGGCAAAACGUGAUACUCCGGACUGGGACACCGACAGCCUGAACUUUACGCAUGGUGUUGCAUCUGGUGAUCCCUACAGCGACUCGGUCAUCUUGUGGACGAGAAUCGCGCCUUCUCUAGAGAGUGACCCCUCCAACAUCACGGUCGAGGGCAACGUGCCACUCUACAGCCAUGAGACCGAACGGUAUACCCAGGUCUCGUCUAGCCCUAUUUGUCUAGACUGGCAGGUUGCCACAGACGAGAGUCUCUCUGCUAUCGUAAGCUCGGGGCAGGCUUUUACUUCAAGCGACAUCGACUACACGGUCAAGAUCGAGGCAACAGGUCUUGCCCCUUACACAACCUACUAUUACAAGUUUACAGUUUGCGGCACUGGCAAUAGCUCUCCUGUGGGUCGUACCAAGACCGCUCCCGCCGAGGAUGACGGCACUACACCUAUUGGCAUUGCUGUCUUCUCGUGCUCCAACUACCCCAACGGCUACUUCAAUGCCUAUGGCAACGCCGCACGCAAGGACAACAUCGACUACAUGGUCCAUCUAGGAGAUUAUCUAUACGAGUAUGAAAAUGGAGUCAUUGGACGUGAUGAGCGAGCCGCUUCGCCGCAGAAGGAAAUCGUCAGUCUAUAUGACUACCGAACUCGCAUUGCCCAGUAUCGUACAGACCUUGACCUCACCUUGGCGCACCAGAACUUCCCCUGGAUACCCGUGUGGGAUGACCACGAGAUCGCCAAUAACGGCUACAGAGACGGCUUCAGCGGCAUGAACAACACCGAAGACUCCUUCAUCGAGCUCGGUAGCGUGAGCGUUGACCAGCGCAAGAUGAAUGCCGUCCGCGCAUACUUCGAGUAUCAACCCAUCCGGCAGGUGGCCAUGGACGAUAAUCUCCGCAUCUGGCGCAAUUUCAAGCUCGGUAAGCUCGUCGAUCUUAUCAUGCUAGACACCCGCAACUACGAUCGCUCCAUCACAACGCUUGGAGGCUGGAACGAUCCGUACAUCUAUGAGAUCAGCAACGACGCAGGCAGGACCUUGAUGGGCGCGCGCCAGGAGAACUGGUUCUACCAGAGCCUCAUCGACAGCAAGGACCGCGGCGCCGUGUGGCGCAUCAUCGGCAGCCAGAUCGUCUUCAGUCGCAUCAACGUCACCAACUGGUUCGGCUCGUCCGAGGUGCCCUACAAUGGUGAUCAGUGGGAUGGAUACAUGGCAAACCGCAACCGCACUUAUCAAACCCUCCUCGACUAUGGGAUCGACAACAACAUCAUGAUUGCCGGCGACAGCCACGCGAACUGGGUCUCGGACCUCGUCUGGUUCGACCACACCUCCUACGACCCCGCCACGGGCUCGGGCGCGGUCGGCGUCGAAUUCGGCGGCACCGCCGUCUCCUCGUCCGGCUACGGCACCAACGUCUCGCAGGGCAACGCCCAAGCCGAGUCCCUCAUCACCGACAACCCGGAGCUGCAGUGGGCCGAAGGCUACUUCCGCGGCUACUUCGAGAUGCACGUGACGGCGCGGGACGUGCAGGCCCGGUUUUAUGGCUGUCCCACCGUGGCGGAGCGCAAUGCCUACGAGCUGUCCAUGGCUAAUUUUACCGUUGUGGCGGGCGAGAACCGGCUGAGUAGGCCGUUGAGUGGGGGCAAGGUCGAGAGUGGCUUCCUGAGGGGUGGGGAGGUGGUGAGCACGAAUCUCACGGUGGACACGGCUUCGGGCGAGUGGAGUGUUAGGGAGUAUGAAAGGAUGUUUAUUGAGUAUCCGGACGACGACGAGGAGUAA